AGCAUGUGCUGAGUCAAGGCUCCUGCUCUCCCUGCAGCCUCCUAGAACUGGUGGGAGGGGAAAAUGGAGGAGACAAGCCUGAGAAACAGGAGAGAGGAUGAGAGGUCCGUCCAGAGCAUCCAGAGUAAGGAACCCAAGACCACAAGUCUCCAGAAGGAGGUGGGCCUGCUCAGCGGCAUCUGCAUCAUCGUGGGCACCAUCAUCGGCUCUGGGAUCUUCAUCUCCCCCAAGUCUGUGCUCAGCAACACGGAAGCCGUGGGGCCCUGCCUCAUCAUAUGGGCAGCCUGUGGGGUCCUUGCAACGCUGGGGGCCCUGUGCUUUGCGGAGCUUGGUACGAUGAUCACCAAGUCGGGGGGCGAGUACCCUUACCUGAUGGAGGCCUUCGGGCCCAUCCCUGCCUACCUCUUUUCCUGGACCAGCCUGUUUGUCAUAAAGCCCACAUCCUUCGCCAUCAUCUGCCUCAGCUUCUCCGAGUAUGUCUGUGCGCCCUUCUACUCAGGCUGCAAGCCCCCCCCAGUUGUUGUGAAAUGCCUGGCUGCCGCUGCUAUCUUGCUCAUCACCACGGUGAACUCGCUGAGCGUGCGGCUGGGGAGCUACGUCCAGAAUGUGUUCACGGCGGCCAAGCUGGUGAUCGUGGCCAUCAUCAUCCUCAGCGGCCUGGUCCUCCUGGCCCAAGGAAAUACAAGGAAUUUUGAGAAUUCUUUUGAGGGCACAAAACUGUCUGUGGGAGCCAUCAGUCUGGCAUUUUAUAACGGACUCUGGGCGUACGACGGAUGGAAUCAACUCAAUUACAUCACGGAAGAACUUAGAAACCCUUUCAGAAACCUGCCCUUGGCCAUCAUCAUCGGGAUCCCGCUGGUGACAGGCUGCUACAUCCUCAUGAAUGUUUCCUACUUCACUGUGAUGACUCCCACGGAGCUCCUGCAGUCCCAGGCGGUGGCCGUGACGUUUGGUGACCGUGUUCUCUAUCCGGCCUCUUGGGUGGUUCCACUGUUCGUGGCCUUUUCCACCAUUGGUGCCGCCAACGGGACCUGCUUCACAGCGGGCAGACUUGUGUACGUGGCGGGCCGGGAAGGCCACAUGCUCAAAGUGCUGUCCUACAUCAGCGUCAAGCGCCUGACUCCAGCCCCUGCCAUCAUCUUUUAUGGUAUCAUAGCGACUAUUUAUAUCAUCCCUGGUGACAUAAACUCAUUGGUCAAUUACUUCAGUUUUGCCGCAUGGCUGUUUUAUGGCCUGACGAUUCUGGGAUUGGUUGUGAUGAGGUUUACGAAGAAAGACCUGGAAAGGCCUAUCAAGGUGCCCAUUUUCAUCCCCAUCAUGGUGACCCUCAUAUCUGUGUUCCUGGUUGUGGCCCCGAUCAUCAGCGAACCUGCGCUGGAGUAUCUCUACUGUGUAUUAUUUAUGCUGAGCGGCCUUAUAUUUUACUUCCUUUUUGUCCACUAUAAGUUUGGAUGGGCUCAGAAAAUCUCAAAGCCCGUCACCAUGUACCUCCAGAUGCUGAUGGAAGUUGUACCACCAGAGGAGGCUCCAGAGGAACGGGCCCAGCCUCUGGGAGCCACAUCCAAACCGCGAUGAAUUUAUUUUUGUAAGCGAUUAUUUGUGGUUAUUUCCUCCUGAUGUUUUUCCUUAAGAAAAAAAA